GUUUGUUGCUCGUCAAGUUUCGUGAGCAUCUCUUCGAAGGCACCCAAUGCCACCCCUCGAAAAUACAAAGGACACUGCACUCGUGGGCCCACUGAUCGUGUCAAAGGGAGCGGGCAAGUCGACGAUCAUGGCAUCUCUUUGUGUACCUCACUGCAUAUAGCUCGCCCGGAUUGCUUCUAGUGUUUCUAGUAAGACUUCCCCCGACCGCCAUCGCAAGAGCGGUACGUCUUUCACGAACCCUUCUAUAUAUGACGUUCCUUGUACUACCUUCAUCACUUCCAACGCUUAUUUAACGGUGACUUGCCCUGUACCUGCUUAGCUACUCAGAAUCUGAGAACCAGCCAUAGGAUACACUUGGUGGAGCGCCGUUCAUAUAAGACCUCUUCAUCUCCUCUACACACUCGAAGCAGUUUCAUCCCGCUUUCGUUGCCCACCAAUCUUUACAUUCCUUCCUUCGUUCUUUUUGCCAACAUGAUGUUUGUAUUCCGCUCCACUUUCAUUACUGCCACUCUGUCUUUUGUCGUCAUCCUGACCUCUCUCUUUGGGAAUGCAUUAGCAUCUCCUCAGUUUGGCAGACCUUUCCUACACGCUUUGGAUGCAGAGACAUCCGCCGUGGAAUCUUAUUCAUUGUCUACCGACGGCGCAUCUCCCACAAUCGCUAACAAUCCAACCACAGUUGUGACUUUCGCACCUGUUCCAACUAUCGCUGGCGAUGCGUCUGACCCAGCUGGUGAUUCUGCAAAUGGGUCUCCAGGUGCUGGAUCAACAACGGAUACGACAGACACGACAGUGGCUCCCACAUAUACACCUGCACUGGCUGCAGUCAAUAGUGCGCCGCACCAGCUAUAUCAAGGACGACCGGGAAUUGCAAUAGCGUUUGCUGUGGUCACGAUGUUCCUUGUGUUUUGAUCCGAUCUGGUACUGCUUCCCGGCGCAUUUUGUCAGAUGUGUGGUCCUUAUUUAUUGUCUGGACUUGUUGUGUGUGCUCUCUGUUUUUGUAUUAUUCGUUAGAUAUUGUAGCCCUACUUACCGUGCAUUGUAUCCGUAGUACUUACUCUCUAUGUAGUGGACUGUUGUUUUAAUACAAGAUCUGUGUUGUCUG